CAGGAUGCGUACCGGAAGAGGCGGGCAGAUGGCCGGAAGUGGGCCAGGGACACCCGGAACGCCUUGGGGGAGAUGAAGCCGGCGGUGGACGAGAUGUUCCCCGAGGGCGCCGGGCCCUACGUGGACCUGGAUGAGGCCGGAGGCAGCACCGGGCUUCUGAUGGACUUGGCAGCCAAUGAAAAGGCAGUUCACUCGGACUUCUUUAAUGGUGCCUGCCACUACAAAGAACUUUUGUCACUCGUUAGUGGCAGCUACGAUGUUAUCUUGUCCGUCACAUUGGUUUUCAGCGUAUCUAAGACCCUCGAAAGCCUGAGUCCAGGCGAUUUUCUUGGCUCCUUUUCAGCCAGUCGUUGCCUAAAAGGAGAACUAGUCUGCCUAGAUUUUGAAGAUCUCUUUGAUGAUGAUGACAUCCAGUGAGGCGCUGUCCCAUGCUGCGUGUGGUCAAGCCUUUGCUGCGUGAGCAUGUGUUGGAGCCCUCAGGACAGUCCCAUGGUUCUGCAGAACAGGGGGGAACACCUGAAAUGAGCAGAUGGUUAACUGAGAAAGGACGGUUUCAGCCAUCUGGGUGAGGUCAUUCCAUCUCUGAAUGUGACCAACUGUUGUCCUUCAAUUAAAAAAGCGAUGUCAUCACUA